UUACAGCGGCCCUGAAACCGAAGGACAGCUUUUGAAUUCUUUCGUCCAGUAUUUUGGUGACAGCCUUGGGAGGAAGAUUAAAAGAAUGCCUUUAAUAGAAGAAACUGUUCUGCCUGGGGACUCCCUGCUUACUCUGCCUGUAGUAAUAAUAGGAAAUGGACCUUCGGGAAUUUGUCUGUCUUACCUGCUGUCUGGAUAUAGGCCAUAUUUAUCUCCUGAAGCUAUACACCCAAACCCCAUUCUACAUACGAAAUUAGAAGAAGCUCGACAUCUUUCCAUUGUUGAUCAAGAGAUCCCAGCUCCUUCAAACCCGGUUGCAGUGCUUUUUGAUACCUUGCUUCAUCCUGAUGCUGACUUUGGGUAUGACUACCCACCAGUUUUGCACUGGAAGCUAGAACAACAUAAUUAUAUUCCCCAUAUAGUGCUUGGUAAAGGACCACCUGGUGGGGCUUGGCAUUCUAUGGAAGGCUCUAUGCUGACAAUUAGUUUUGGAGACUGGAUGGAAUUGCCUGGCCUUACCUUUAAGGAGUGGGCAGCUAGCAAACGCAGAAAUACAAAGAGUGAUCGAGUAAUGCCAGAGGAAAUAGCUCGUUAUUAUAAACACUAUGUUAAAGUCAUGGGCCUCCAAAAGAAUUUCAGAGACAACGUUUACAUAACAUCAGUCUCCAGGCUUUACCGAGGAAAGGAUGAUGAAGACAGAAGUCAAAUAAAGGAAAAUAUUUCAACACAGCAUUUGGAAACGGAAGAUGGACAGAAAUCACUGAUUAAGAGAAACUGGGAAGUCAGAGGUUAUCAGCGAGCAACAGAUGGUUCUCAUGUGCCCUUUUGCCUCUUUGCUGAGAAUGUGGCUCUUGCCACAGGAACCUUUGAUUCUCCUGGCCGACUACAAGUUGAAGGAGAAGACUUUCCUUUUGUGCUUCAUUCCAUGACUGACUUCGGAGCUGCUAUCAGCAAAGGAAAGUUACGUGGGAAGGCAGACCCUGUGUUAAUUGUAGGUGCCGGACUUACAGCAGCUGAUGCAGUACUGUGUGCCUACAACAACAACAUCCCAGUAAUCCAUGUGUUUCGUAGAAGAGUUACUGAUACAAGCCUAAUUUUCAAACAGUUACCUAAAAAGCUUUACCCUGAAUACCAUAAGGUCUAUCAUAUGAUGUGUACUCAGUCCCAUACUGUGGACUCUAAUCUACAUUCUGCUUACACUAGUUUCCCUGAACACAACGUACUUUCCUUCAAGCCUGAAAUGAAAUGUGUUCUUCAGAGUGCCUCCGGACUGAAGAAAAUUUUGAAGUUUUCUGUAGCCUUAGUUCUGAUAGGUUCUCACCCAAAUCUUUUCUUUCUAAAGGACCAAGGACAUAGCAUAGGUCAUCACUCUAAUCAGCCCAUCACAUGCAAGGGGAACCCUAUAGAGAUUGAUCCAUACACUUAUGAAUGCACUAAAGAAGCUAACCUCUUUGCUUUAGGUCCUCUGGUGGGAGACAACUUUGUACGUUUUUUAAAAGGAGGUGCAUUGGGCAUUGCACGAUGCUUGGCAAUAAGACAAAAGAAGAAACAUGAAUUGAUUGAAAGUGGGGAUGGAGGAGGUGAUGGGGUACCAUAA